CUGUUUCUUUCAUCUAGGUUUGAUGGCAACAGAGCCUAUGAACUGACAAUUGAGUCAGUAAAAAUUCCUGUUUAUUGUCACAUGACUGAUGAUCUUGGGGCAUGUGCAGGUGGUGGAUGGACACUUGUCGUGAAAAUGAACGGGAGUAAGGUACAGGGAAUCGCUUCGUCGUUGCUAUUUAAUUCAAACCAAACUACUGCAACGUAAUCUGUUUAUCUCUCAUUUUUCCAUCCUUCCGCAAUGUGUUCAUAACCGCCAAAUUCAAUACUGAAAUAAAAAACAAAAAACAAAAAAAACAAGGAUUCGAAAAUAACUUCUGCACUCGAUAGGUGAAAGCUGGAGGCUAAUCUGGGUAGAUAGCUAAAGUACUGAUUAUGGAACUAUAACUUUAAUGAUUGCACAGGGUAAAAUAGAGAUAAAUAAUUAAUUGAGUUAGCCUAAGACAUUCCUCUCCUGAUUAUUUGUCCAAUGAAAGUAACCGGGCAAGUCAUUUGAAUAACUUGCUCGAGUACUUUCACAGAACAAAUCAAAAUUUCCUACCAUCACAAAAUUCCGAGAAAGAUGAAAUGAACCGUAGUAACAACGUUUCCAGAAUACGUUCCUCAUAUUUUUCCAUCUGUUUGUGUGGAUGUGUGUUUGGUUUGUUUUUAAUUCAAUUUUCGUUUAAUUCGUAAACAGGGAACUUUCCAUUAUGAUUCCAACCUCUGGACCAAUAGAGAACCUUUCAACUCUCAUGGUGGAGAGACUGGGUUUGAUUAUGAGGAGACUAAGUUGCCCACCUACUGGAACACGUCCUUCUCUAAGAUCUGUCUCGGAAUGAAAAUCGGCCAACAAAUCAACUUUAUUGUUAUCAACAAGCAAGCAGAUUCUCUCUACUCACUGAUCGCUGAUGGAAGAUACCGCGCCACCUCACUGGGUCGUAACACGUGGAGGUCAUUGAUUGGUUCUGAGGCUUCACUACAGAGUGGCUGUAACAAAGAAGGGUUCAAUGCUGCUUGUACCUUGGCAAAACAUUCCCAAGCAAGGAUCGGUAUUAUUGGAAACAAUCAAGACAACUGUGCGUCUUGUGACUCAAGGAUAGGAUUUGGGACUGCAGGAAAGCCAAAUAACAAUAUUUCAUGCGGGAACAGGGCGCCAGAAAAUGCUGAUAAUGGUGAGAAACUCAUCAACACAUAUGGAUAUAUCUUCGUUCAGUAA